UGGAGGUCAGGACAGUGGAACGGGAUUCAAUGGAGUGGGAUACCUGACGUGCCGAAGGAUGUGUUUAAGAUCAAUUUUGUAAACAACAAAGAUGAAAUACUUCGCAGUGGACUGAUCUCGACCCUUCAAUUUACUCAGUGUACACAGUAGACUAUUCGGGAACACUCAACCUCCGAGCAUGGCAGAGGCAGCAGCACCAGUGGGUUGUGCUUUGGUCGUCGCAAUCUUAUGAUCACUGUAACAGCUAUGGCAAGUGUGGUAAAUUUGGCAAUUGCAAUCAUACUGAAAGUGGAUUCAACUGCACAUGCUACCCCGGAUAUGAACCAAUAUCACCGCAGGAUUGGGAUUCGAAAGAUGGGAGAGGUGGGUGCAAGAGGCAGCAGGGUUCGCGGUCCAUGUGCAGGAGUGGCGAGGGGUUUGUGAAGAUGAAAAAUGUAGAGGUUCCAGACACUUCCUCCAUAAAAUUGGAGAAGAAUUUGAGCUUGGAAGCGUGCGAGGAGGAGUGCUUGAAGAACUGCACGUGCUUGGCGUACGCGAUUGAAGAUGUGACGAAUGGAGGGACUGGAUGCAUGACAUGGUAUAGAGAUUUGAUGGAUACUAAGCAGUUCACAGUAGGCGGGCAAGAUUUGUACGUUCGUGCAGAUGCAGUAGUUUUAGCUCAGUAUAAAAACAAGUCAGUAGGAGGGUAUUUUUCUGGGAAAAGGCGACUGGCUAUUAUAUUGGUAGUGUCAAUUUCUGUCGCCUCAAUGCUCAUCCUCGCAGUUCUAUGUUGGUUCAGGAAAAGGAGCGUGAAAGGGAGAGGAGGACAACCCAAAUUUCUGAAUGAUCCCACUACUUCUGGUGUACGAAACUAUGAAGAUUCGCCAAUAAAAUAUGAGGUUGAUGAACACAGAGGAGAAACAGAUUUACCUUUUUUCGAUUUAACCACCGUGGUUGCAGCCACAGAAAACUUCUCUUCUGCUAACAUGCUUGGACAUGGAGGCUUCGGCACGGUAUAUAAGGGAUGUCUAGCUGAAGGACAGGAAAUAGCUGUUAAAAGAUUAUCGAGAAAUUCAGGACAAGGCAUAGACGAAUUCAAGAACGAAGUAAUGCUUAUUGCAAAGCUUCAGCAUAGAAAUCUUGUGAGGCUUUUGGGUUGCUGCAUACAUAAAGAAGAGAGGAUGCUAAUCUACGAAUACAUGCCGAAUCGCAGCUUGGACUUAUGCCUUUUCGAUAAAAACAGAAAGUCGUUGUUAGAUUGGAGAAAAAGAUUUCAAAUUAUCAUUGGGAUUGCUCGAGGCGUCCUAUAUCUUCAUCAAGAUUCGAGACUAAAAAUAAUCCACAGGGAUUUGAAAGCGAGCAAUGUUUUACUGGAUGGUUCAUUGAACCCAAAAAUAUCAGAUUUUGGCAUAGCAAGGAUGUUCGGGGAUGAUCAAAUUGAAGCAAACACGAAUAAAAUUGUUGGCACCUACGGUUAUAUGUCACCAGAGUAUGCUAUGGAUGGGUUAUAUUCCACAAAAUCUGAUGUGUUUAGCUUUGGAGUCUUGGCACUAGAGAUCAUUAGUGGAAGGAAGAACAGCUUCCAAUUUGAAAACUCACCUCUGAAUUUGGUUGGAAUAAUAUGGGACUUGUGGACAGAAGGAAAAGUCUUGGACAUAAUUGAUUCAUCACUGAACCAGUCGUAUUCGAUUUCUGAAGUUAUGAGAUACAUUCAGAUUGGGCUUUUGUGCGUCCAAGAAUACCCAACAGAUCGGCCAACCAUGCUAGAUGUUUUGUUCAUGUUGGGGAAUGAAACGACUCUUCCACAUCCGAAAAAGGCAGCGUUUAGCAUGAAAAACAGUGGUCCAGAUUCUUCAACGUCUAAAGGAGCUUCUUCUGUAAAUGAUGUAACAGUAACAAUUAUUGAAGCUCGUUGAGUUUGCACUUUUCUGGCUCUUAUAGAGAUUUUGCAUUACUUCUCAAGUAUUUGUACUCAAAUCGAAAUUCCUUGUGGAGAGAAAAGGCAAUGCCUUUGAAAUUGUCGAUUCAUCUCUGGGCGAAUCGUACCCUGUCAACAAAGUUGUGAGAUGCAUCUAAAUUGCCCUCUUAUGUGUGCAAGAGUAUGUUGGAUAUUAGACUUUAAUCCAACGGCUAAUAGGUCACUACAGUUAAUAAGGAUUGUUAUGGAAUGUAAGUAGGAUUAGGGUUUAGUUAUAAGCUAUAACUUGCGCUCCUUGAAAAGAUAAUAUUCUGGUUAUUCUUGGAGAAUAAGAGCUCCUGAUAUUA